AUGGCGCUGGCAAUGAUCUAUGGUGCGACUGGGUACACUGGAAGCCUUGCGAGUGAACGGGCCAAAGUAGCUGGCGUCGACAUAAUUCUGGCCGGUAGACAAUCGACCAAGCUCGAAGCCCUAGCUGCGAAUCUGCAGCUCCCUUGGCGUGCCUUCGGUCUUGAUGAUCCUCUCACCAUCCAGACAAGCUUGAGAGAUGUCUCCGUGGUCUUGAACUGUGCAGGGCCAUUUGCCGACACCGCUAUGCCUCUUGCGGAAGCAUGCAUAGAGAAGGGUAUACAUUAUCUGGACGUGUCUGCUGAGCUGAGCACUUACCUUGCGAUUGAAGAACUGGACCAGAAAGCAGUCAGUGCCCACGUGACGCUACUGCCAGGGAGUGGCGGUAUUGUGGCAAUGCUGGGUUGCUUGGCUAGCAAGGCUGCGGCUCGCAUUGACGACAGUGUCAGUAUCGACAUCGCAGUGCAUGUUUCAGGAACUCUCUCGAAUGGCUCAGUCGCUAGCGCCAACAGUGCCGUCAUCGUCGAUUGCAUGAGGCUUUCCGAGGGGAGGCUGGUGAAACAAGAUGCAGACGAGACGAUGAGUUUCGAUUUUGGCGACGGUCGUGGGCCAACCUCAUGCCUUCCAGUUACGCUGCCGGACUUGUUCACAAUAUGGAAGACGACUGGCGUCGCAAACAUCAGGACGUACGUCAAUGUAUCUGGCGACUCGUUUCUGGCGGGAGAGAAAGAUUCGGGGGCUCUUGGUCCACCAGAGGAGGAAAGGGAGAGGAAUCCCUACCACGCUGCCGUGAUUGUCCAUGGCUCAAAGGGCGAGGAAGUCCAUGGCGAGCUGCAUACCAUCAAUGGCUAUACAUUCACCGCACUGGCUUCUAUAGAAGCGGUCCGACUUGUCUUGGCUGGAAAGGUGCUUCCAGGACUUCAGACUCCUGCCACAGCUUUUGGCGCCGAUUUCGUCGACCGCAUCGAUCAUACCCAUGUUCGAUUAACAAGAGUUGCGAAUGAGCCCUGUGUUGGCAAUGCCUAA